UUUUCUAGCUGAUGUGAUUUUAACAACAACUGAAGAGAGAAAUAGAAACAACUGAUAAUUUCUGACCGUGACGAGAAACUGAAGAGAAUAAUAGAGAUUUACCAAGAAAGAGAAAUCAAAAGUGAAAUCAAAAGUGAAACCAAAAUUAAAACCAAAAGUGAAACCAAAAGAUGACAAGUUCAGUGGAUCCGAGUGUGAUUGGAGAUUCAAUACGAACACUACCUCACCAUCUCCUUCCACCUUGUAAAUAUGAGUACAAAGGAGGAGCUAAAUAUUAUGGAGAGAUAGUGGACUUCAAGAGACAGGGCCGGGGAAUAAUGACUUACCCUGACGGAGAUUUAUACGACGGUUUCUUCAAUGCGGGAGUAAAGGAAGGACAGGGAACCCAGAAGUGGUUGGACGGUUCAUUUUACCAGGGACCCUUUAAAGAAGGAAAGAGACACGGGAAAGGAGUUCACCAGUGGCCUACAGGCGAGGUGUACGAAGGUGAGUUUGUGGAAGAUAAGAGAUGUGGUGCUGGUACGUACACCUGGCCCUCGGGGGACAAGUUUCAGGGACAGUUCAUGGACGAUGCUAAGGAUGGCCAGGGAGAGUUCUUCUUUUCUAAUGGCAACAUUUUCAAGGGGGAGUAUAAAAAGGACGACAGGUCAGGGGAAGGAGCCAUGUCCUACAAGAACACAACAGAAGACAGGGGUGUGUGGAGGGGUUGCUCUCUGGUGAAACUCUCUAACUCUGUUCUUCCUGCUAGUGUCCUGGAUAUAGAGGAUCCUGCACCAGAUUUUACAGAUUGUGACACGUGUGACAUGAGGGAGGUAACACAAGGGUUUGUUACGUGUAACAGGCCGGAGGAUGCUAAACCGAUGGGAAAUCUAGAGACUGCUUCUCAAGCCUUACUUCUCGCUGCUCUCAAAGGUGAUAACGCAGCUACAGUCUACUUACUUCAACACACAUGUGUAAGACCUGACGUCGCUGAUUUCAACGGACUUACCCCUCUGAUCGCUGCAAGCGUAUUCUGCAAAACAAAGAUAGUGAACAUCCUGUUAGAUAACGGAGCAAACGUGAACCAGUUGACAGAUAGUGGGGUGUCAGCUCUGGUGGCGUGUCAUCUUCACCUCUACUUCAACUCCCAGUGUGGGUAUAGUCUCAGACACAGGAAAGAGCCUUUACACAAAUCUGGAGCUAAUGAAACAUUAGACGGGCCAAUAGAAAUGUUCGCUCAGCUCGCUCUUUCCUCUAAAAUAGCUAACGAAUCCGACGACGAGGAUCAGGAGGAGAUCGGGAUUAAAGAUGAGGAAGAAAAAGAAGUAGAGAAAGAGGUACCACUACAGGGAGAAGUGUCACGGGUUACCUCAUCCCUCAGCGAACCCACUGACGGGUCUGAAUACACCACAGUAGUGGUUUAUGGUAAAAGAUACUUUGUACGGGGAGCCGACGUUUUGAAGGAUCUUCAGGUACCGCAAUGUUCUACACUCCCCACACCAGAACAACUAAGAGAAACCAUCAAACUCUUAUUAAGACGAGGUGCCGACCCAAAAAUAGGCUAUGUCCCUGUCCCUGCACUGAUCCUAGCUAUACUAGCACCUGACGUGGAGGCAGUGGAGCUGCUACUGAAGUCAGGUGCUGACCCGACUGCGCGGCUCGGGGAGAAGUACGGACAUAAGUCUCCCCUGCACGUGGCGGCUGGACUUCACGGUCCUGGCGGACCAGCUAUAGUGAAACUCCUGCUACAGGGAGGAGCAGAUCCGAACGUUCAGGACUCUCUCUCAUUCUCUAGAAGUGGAGCUCUGCAGUGGAAAACUGUGGAUGAAAUUGACAGUGAAGGGAACAUGCUCGGCUCAACACCUCUCCAAGUGGCAUGCUCCAUGGACCAAGACUACGAAAACAGCACAGAAGUGAUAAAACUCCUACUGGAACACGGAGCCAAUACUAAUGUUGUGUGUAGUGGUCACUCUCCACUUACACUGGCAAUAUACAGUGGAAAUGAUAAGGCCGUGGAGUUACUGCUACAGAAAGGUGCUAACCCAUCUCUGGACCUUGGUUCACCAAUUGGAUCAGCUUUGUGUGCUGCAGUGGACACUACUUGUGAACACCGGAGAAGUAACGAACAGAGAUUAGCAAUAAUAAACCAGCUGAUGACAGUGGGAGGGGACAUAAUGUCCUUGGUUCCCGUGGGAAAGAGUGGGAAACACAUGGGAACUGCUGUAGACUACGCUAUGCAUGUGUUCUAUCAGGACAAACGAAUAGCGCACACUCCAUUCCACGCCCUGACCCCGGCCGAGAGGGAGAUAUACAUCGCCAGAACCAACCUCCUCAACCACAUGUCUACACUUCUCAGGGACGAGGUCCAGAAACGGGAACAGACCAUGAGAGAAGAAGCAGGUCCAGAACAAGAUGAAAGUGCUGGAGCAACACCCUCAAAGUCCAACAGACGCGCUAGUCGUGCAAAAAUUGGCGCUAAUGGUGAAAAAGUGGGUGCUAAUGGUGAAAAAGUGGGCGCUGAUGGUGAAAAACUGCGCUCUAGUGGUGAAAAAUUGGGCGCUAAUGGUGUAAAAAUGGGCGCUAAUGGUGAAAAAUUGGGCGCUGAUGGUGUAAAAAUGGGCGCUAAUGGUGAAAAAGUGGGCGCUGAUGGUGUAAAAAUGGGCGCUAAUGGUGAAAAAGUGGGCGCUGAUGGUGUAAAAAUGGGUGCUGAUGGUGAAAAACAGGAGUUGAUGGAAGCUGAGGGAAAGAAAGGACACAAACCAAAGAUGCUGUUCAAGUAUUGCUAUGAGUGUGGUCGCAGCACUGGCGUAAAACUUUCACCCUGUACGAGAUGUUUCACUGUUUCCUUCUGUUCUCAACGGUGUAAACUAAAAGCCUGGACCAGCCGCCACAGGAAGGAAUGUACUAAAUUAGAGAACAAACAGAAGGAAAAGAAGGAGAGGGGACCUUCUGUUUCUGUUUCUCCACCCCCUGUUAAAGUAGUGAAAAAGGAGGAGUCUGCCUCAAAAUCAGACACGGGCAAAAAAGGCAAAACACGCUCAGUCUCCAAAGAUAUAUUCGGAAAGAAGAACAAACGGGACAACAGACGAGGCAAGGACGACGACCAGCCGGAGAUGAUAACCCACGCUCUUCCUAGGAUCGUUAACCUGCAGCACAGUAACAUCCUAAACCUCCCCACAGCAAUAAUAAACCAGCUGAUGACAGUGGGAGGGGACAUAAUGUCCUUGGUUCCUGUGGGAAAGAGUGGGAAACACAUGGGAACUGCUGUAGACUACGCUAUGCAUGUGUUCUAUCAGGACAAACGAAUAGCGCACACUCCAUUCCACGCCCUGACCCCGGCCGAGAGGGAGAUAUACAUCGCCAGAACCAACCUCCUCAACCACAUGUCUACACUUCUCAGGGACGAGGUCCAGAAACGGGAACAGACCAUGAGAGAAGAAGCAGGUCCAGAACAAGAUGAAAGUGCUGGAGCAAAAACACCCUCAAAGUCCAACAGACGCGCUAGUCGUGCAAAAAUUGGCGCUAAUGGUGAAAAAGUGGGUGCUAAUGGUGAAAAAGUGGGCGCUGAUGGUGAAAAACUGCGCUCUAGUGGUGAAAAAUUGGGCGCUAAUGGUGUAAAAAUGGGUGCUAGUGGUGAAAAAGUGGGCGCUGAUGGUGUAAAAAUGGGCGCUAAUGGUGAAAAAAUGGGCGCUGAUGGUGUAAAAAUGGGCGCUAAUGGUGAAAAAGUGGGCGCUGAUGCUGUAAAAAUGGGCGCUAAUGGUGUAAAAAUGGGUGCUGAUGGUGAAAAACAGGAGUUGAUGGAAGCUGAGGGAAAGAAAGGACACAAACCAAAGAUGCUGUUCAAGUAUUGUUACGAGUGUGGUCGCAGCACUGGCGUAAAACUCUCUCCCUGUACGAGAUGUUUCACUGUUUCCUUCUGUUCUCAACGGUGUAAACUAAAAGCCUGGACCAGCCGCCACAGGAAGGAAUGUACUAAAUUAGAGAACAAACAGAAGGAAAAGAAGGAGAGGGGACCUUCUGUUUCUGUUUCUCCACCCCCUGUUAAAGUAGUGAAAAAGGAGGAGUCUGCCUCAAAAUCAGACACGGGCAAAAAAGGCAAAACACGCUCAGUCUCCAAAGAUAUAUUCGGAAAGAAGAACAAACGGGACAACAGACGAGGCAAGGACGACGACCAGCCGGAGAUGAUAACCCACGCUCUUCCUAGGAUCGUUAACCUGCAGCACAGUAACAUCUAGGAAUUUCAAGAAUUACCGCCUCCAGAGAUCUCAGAUCUUCCACUGACUAUUAUGAGGGCUGAUGUGUAGCGCGGACUGCAGCUGCUUUUAUGCGAAGUUCAUACCGCGGCGCGGAGCUCUGAUUGAGAUCGGAAUUCUUGCGAUCAAUUCUUUUAGUAAUCAUAUCAGACGGAUGGAUUUUGAAACAUGCUCAUAUUAACAAAUGAAGUCAAGGGUUAUUUAGUUGAAUAUAUUUAUUAACAAGAAAUGAUGAUCGUAAUAAAAUUAGUAAUUCGCACAAUUAUUGAAGAAUUAUUGAAUUGAGGUGAAUUGAUUAAUAUAUCCGCCGGGCCGACCGUUACCCUUUCCGGCCUUACACACAAUUUUGAUUAAAAAUUAUGAUGAUCAUAACGGUAUUUUUUACUUCAUUGAGGAAUGAGAAUCAAUCUCUUUUGUAAUAUUUUCCCAGAAUUUACAAGUGUCAUUACGAUUUUAAAGGCACCAAAAGAGACUUCACGGGCCUGCUGUAAGUGUAAAUUAUUAUCCACUUCAAUGUAUUUAUAUAUGUUUAAACUUUAAAACUAAUCAUGAGCACACUCACUCACAAAUAUUUGAUGUAUGAUGUAAAUUUUGUAUAUAUGUUCAGAAUCAGAUGUGAAUUAUACCACUUCCUCAGAAAAACUUUUAUCCCGCUA